AUGAGCUACCUUAGCAUGAUGGCCAUUUUUGGUUUUGUUGGCUUCUUUGAAGUGGGGCCAGGACCUAUCCCUUGGUUCUUUGUGGCUGAACUCUUCUCACAAGGUCCCAGACCAGCAGCCAUGGCAGUAGCAGGCUGCUCCAACUGGACUGCCAACUUCCUCAUUGGCAUGGGCUUCCAGUAUGUUGCUAACCUGUGUGGUCCAUACGUUUUUCUCAUCUUCGCUUUGCUCCUCCUUUUCUUUCUGGUCUUCACCUUCUUCCGAGUUCCUGAAACGCGAGGCAAAACUUUUGACCAGAUCUCAGCCACCUUCCACCGUCAUCCACAAAACAUGAUGGACAUGGACCUUCACAUGGAUCAGGGGAAGCACACUUUUGCCUUUAGUGCUGUGAUCAGCAUCUUGUUCGUGGAGGAGAGUGGCGGAGCACCACAAACUUCUGUCACUAACACAUCCUCUGAGAGGGAGUGUGGGAGAAAGCUAAGCCAGCCAGGAGGUGGGAGACACUUGUGCGGCACAGGUGCCUUGAUGCAAAAGAAGCUGCGUUGUGUCCGUGUGCCUGUGUUUUUGAAAAGUGGAACUUCUUGA